AUGGUCGCUUUGAGUCAGACCUUUAGGAACCGGGUGGAUCUGCAGGACAGACAGAUGAAGGAUGGAGACGUGUCUCUGACUCUGAAGGAUCUGACCAUCCACCCGGUUCCUAAAGGUCUGACUCAAAGCGACCAUCUCUGUACAAAAACACAACAUCUGGCCUCAGAUCAGAGAGGAAAUAACACAGAGCAGAGAGGUUACAGAGCUCAAAGUGGAACUCUUUACAUCAACAGCAGCACCAGAGGGAGGACACCCCAAAGAACCCCCCCCUCUGAUCUGAUCUGGACCUCAGAGGUUCUUCUGAGCCAGAGGAUGCUCUUAAACCUGCCCAACUUUCAGCAUCAGAUGUAUCUGAGGAUGUUCUAA